GGCAAACACUCUGUGAUGGAUAUACUCACACCGGCGGACUUUUUUGAAAAAAACUGCUUAGUGUAGCGCUCUCCUGCCUAUAUUUCUGCCUCCGCCUCUACCGGUUCCAAUAUUCCGAGGCCGGGGCCGGUUCCACCCACCACUCUCCCUCUCUGUAAAACUGUUCAUAGUGAUAAAGAAAAGUAGUUCAUGCAUGUUUUGAUACACAUAUACUCAGGCGCGAGAGAUUUGAAUUUCUACUGUUUUUUCUGUGUCGCGAGAAAGACAGAGAUAUGGAGUCUCCGUCAACGGGAGAAACGACGCGGAUCGCCGCGAGGGCGUCUAUAGUAGAUUCUUUUAAGGGGUGCGGUCUGUCGGGGGUCCGGAUUGACAAGGAGGAGCUCCGUAGGAGGCUCCUGAUGCCGCAGUACCUCCGGUUCGCCGUGCGCGACUCCAUCCGGUUAAAGGACCCCACCGCCGGCGAGAGCCAUUUUCUUAAUCGAGGCGAGGAGAACGUCGAGCCUCCCGAAGCGCCGAUGGUCGUCUUCAUCAACCCCCACAGCGGUGGGCGCCACGGCCCCAUGCUCAAGGAGAGGCUUCAGCAGUUGAUUUCCGAAGAACAGGUUUUUGUCCUGGCUGAUGUGAAGCCUCAUGAGUUUGUACGAUAUGGGUUAAAAUGCCUAGAGAUGCUGGCUGAUCUUGGUGAUUCUUGUGCCAAAGAGACUCGUGAAAAGAUGAGGGUUAUGGUCGCUGGAGGUGAUGGUACAGUUGGUUGGGUGCUGGGAAGUCUUGGAGAACUUAUUAAACAGGGUAGGGUGCCAUUUCCCCCUGUAGGAAUCAUUCCACUUGGUACCGGGAAUGACCUGUCUAGGAGUUUUGGUUGGGGUGGUUCAUUUCCUUUUGUAUGGAAAUCAGCCGUCAAAAGAUCUCUCCACAAGGCUAUUGCAGGUCCUGUAUGCCGUUUGGAUAGUUGGCAUGUUCUGCUGUCAAUGCCAGUUGGCGAAGUUGUUGAUCCACCCCACUCGCUGAAGAUUACAGAAGAGUGUGCGCUUGAUGAGGGCUUGGAAGUUGAGGGGGAGUUGCCUGAGAAAGUCACUUGCUAUGAGGGAGUGCUUUAUAAUUACUUUAGCAUCGGAAUGGAUGCCAAAGUUGCUUAUGGCUUCCACCAUUUACGCAAUGAAAAACCUUACCUUGCACAAGGUCCAAUUGCAAACAAGCUGAUCUACUCUACUUACAGUUGCACUCAAGGAUGGUUCUUCACACCUUGCUCGAGCGAUCCAAGUUUAAGAGGCUUGAGGAAUAUUUUAAGGAUGCAUGUCAAAAAGGUCAAUUGCUCAGAAUGGGAGCAGAUUCCAGUUCCCUCAAGUGUAAGGGCAAUUGUUGCUUUAAAUCUUCAUAACUAUGGAAGCGGAAGAAAUCCAUGGGGUAAUUUGAAGCCAGAGUAUUUGGAAAAGAGAGGUUUUGUUGAGGCCCAUGCAGAUGAUGGUCUACUUGAAAUAUUCGGUCUAAAGCAAGGAUGGCAUGCAUCAUUCGUCAUGGUUGAACUCAUCUCUGCCAAACACAUCGCCCAGGCUGCAGCUAUUCGAUUGGAAGUUAGAGGUGGAGAGUGGAAAGAUGCAUAUAUGCAGAUGGAUGGGGAGCCAUGGGAACAGCCGUUGAGCAAGGACUAUUCAACGUUUGUGGAAAUUAAGAGGGUCCCUUUUCAAUCACUUAUGAUUGGUGGAGGGUGACUAUAUCGUGGCUUACCUCCCAUUUAGGUCGAAAUGCUUUACCAAUUUAACAAAUCUCAGCCAAAAGGAUCCUUCCGAAGGGAUAUUGUUUGAAGCUGGCCAGUGUAAACGAAGGCACCUGAACAUAUGGAUCAAG